UUUUACAAGUCCCAACAGACUGCUUGCGGUCUGUUAACCAAACAACACACGCUGAAGUCUCAGUUGCAGAUUUUUUUUUUUUUUUACUUUUUAUUUUAUUUGUAGGCUUACUAAAAAUGAAUCUCAAUUUACCCCUGUUGUCGGAGCACAACACCUCCCGCAACUUUCAGUUAAUAACACGGGACUUCUAUCUCUCUGGAUAUUCUGAAACCAAUGCCUCAUCACCACUCAGCUCAAAUAACACGACUGGGAAGCAGGAGGACGACCUUGACGUGAAUACGGACAUUUACUCCAAAGUCGUGGUCACCGUGAUCUACAUCGGUCUCUUUUUAGUAGGGUGCCUGGGCAACUCCAUCACGGUGUACACGUUAGUUCAGAAGAAGACUUUGCAAAACUUGCAAAGCACCGUGCACUACCACCUGGCGAGCCUGGCGGUCUCCGACCUGCUCAUUCUGGUGCUAUGCAUGCCAAUAGAACUCUAUAACUUCAUCUGGGUUCACAACCCGUGGGCAUUCGGCAACGCUGUGUGCAAGGGCUAUUACUUUUUGAGAGACGCGUGCACGUAUGCCACCGCUUUCAACAUUGCCAGCCUCAGCGUGGAGAGGUUCAUGGCGAUAUGCCAUCCUUUCAAAGCGAAGAGCAUCAUGUCGAGAAGCAGGACCAAGAAGCUGAUUAGCGCUAUCUGGGUAGCUUCUUUCCUGCUGGCCACCCCCAUGCUUUUCAUCAUGGGGCAGAUCUAUGUCACAGAGGUUAAAAUCUGCACCACAGUGGACCAGUCCAUGGCAAAGACCGUUCUGCAGGUUAACGCCUUCCUUUCAUUCGUAUUUCCCAUGGUGGUGAUCUCUGUGCUGAACACCGUUAUCGCCAAUCAGCUCAUACAGAUGUUUAAACAGGCUGCCCAGGACAGCAGGGUCUGCACCAUUGGUGAACAUCCCACAGUGCUGAGCGUCUCUGUGGAGCCCAACCGAGUGCAGUCUCUUAGACAUGGGGUCAAAGUCUUACGGGCUGUUGUGGUCGCCUUCGUGGUCUGCUGGCUUCCAUAUCACAUUCGGCGCCUCAUGUACUGCUACGUGACCGACUGGACAGACUUUCUUUUUGACUUCUACCAUUACUUCUACAUGGUGACCAACGUCCUGUUCUACGUGAGCUCCACAGUCAACCCUGUCCUCUAUAACCUGGUAUCGGCUAACUACAGGCAGAUCUUCAUGUCGACGCUCAGCUACUUUUGUCUGCCUUGGAGGAGGAAGAGGAAGCGACCUGCCCUCGCCAGGCAUUUCAACAGCAUCACGAGCAAUCAAACCUUCUCCAGCAACAUCAUUAAGGAAACAAUGUACUAGCCGAGCUGCUGUGUCUCGGUGGCUCUAAGGCUCUAAUAGUCGGGGGUUUUGUGUUUUCAGCCAGGGGCUAAGCAUUUUAUUGGUGUUUUUAUUGACUUCAGAUGUGUCUAUGGUCAUUAUUGUAUGCAUGUUUAUUUUUCGUACCUGUUUAAUGUACUAUUGUGCAGGUUCUGUAUGGUUUUGUGUUGCUGUUUCUGCUUCGAACAUUGCUCGUGCUUCUGAAAAGACUCCUCAACUCUCAUUAGUUAGGAAGUGAGCAUGGGUACGGCCUCCAUGCACAUCCUAACAUCUUUUCAGAAGUAAAGUUUGCUAUACAGAACACACAUCAUAUGAUAUUAAACAGGCAAGACAUAGGAGAAUAUGGGUGAAAUGUCUCUUCUAGGACUUGGUCUUCAAGGACAAGCCUAGUGAAUCUGUAUGUCCACAAACAAGGUUUUAAUGACUGGAUAUUUUCCAUAGUGUGUAAAUACAAUAAUUUGACACACUGCGUUGUAAAUAGCAUGACAUUUGUAUCACAGAAGUAGUUUAAUUUUCUUGUAAAGUUUUGUGUAAUAGCCAUGCACUAAUACUGUCCAAAUUCAUUAGGGUCCAGAAAUGUGGGUACUUGAACAGUAGACUGUAAUUAAUGCAUACACAUUGUAAAUACCCAUCGUAUUUGUCACCAUGAAAAAUGAUAAAUGGUAUUUAUGUUAAAUCUAGACAUCAGUUCCACAGUCUAAGUAUUACGUAUUUGUCUAAAACAAGAACUCCGUCAGCAUGUUUGAGGUUUUUUUUUGUAUACUGUGUUUACUGUCCUGAAGUUUAAAAAAAAAACUACAACUUAUUGCACAAAAGCUUUAAACACCACCCCUAACCUUACUCCGCUACCUGCUAAGUGUUUUAAAAUGAGAAUGGACUGUUCCUUUUAAAAUACACACUGGCUCUCUGUCUCCCUCCUAUAAGGAAUGUAUUUGCCCACUUUCAAUUUGCUCAUUGUACUUCUGAGAAGCAUCCACUCAGCAGUGUUUCAGUGCAUUGACAUAGUAAUGUGUUUAAAUGAGAUAAACAUUGACUAUCCCCUGACAAUUGCAGUUCAGGAGUGAUAUAUUUUCACUUGCACCUGGGUCCUUCCUUCCUUCAACCUUUGGGUAUGAUUAAGGUAGAGGAAGUAGCACAUGAUCCUUUUGAGUUUGCCUGUACUGGCUUUAAAGAAUACAGUACCUACCACUUAAGGCAGUUUAAGGCAAGUGGAAUAACAACCGGUAUUAACUAUUCACAUAUCAUUUAAAAUGCCACUGUAUUGUCAAACGACAUAACUGUAAUUACAUUACAACUGAUUUAACUAAUCAUGAAUACCAAUUCAAGUAGACUGUGCAUUAAUAAGAAAUGUGACUCAAAAAUAUAAAAUAAGAAUCAGUAGUGGGAUUUCGUGUGAAAAGUUGAUCAGAAAAUAGUAAAAAAACAAGAGAUUUUGUUUACAGUAUCGAUUAGUAAACUAGAAUAACUCUCAUAUAUGAACAGAAAAUGCAAAGUCAAUACACUAAAUAUUUCUGCAGGGCCGGUAUAUAAACUGCCCCAUUAUUUAGCAAGAAUGAAACCAUGCCUCUGAUAAAUAGGUUUGCCACAGACUAAUCAGGGAUAAUACAUUGCUCUGUGGCAGAUUGACGUGUGUAUAAAUAUUCAGAGCAUUACCAGUCAACUGUUUAUCUGUGUGAAGCCAAAAUCGAUAGCAAGAGAAUUAUCUUACACAAAAGCAUGUAAAGAGAGAUUUGCUGUCAAAAAAGUAUUACUAUUCUGGGGCUCCGGGAAGACAAAUUGAACCAGAUCAACUUGACAAGCAACAUAAAACCUGAGUGUUGUGAGGGAUGCCGCCACUAAAAAGCAAAAACAAAAAGCAGUUGCACUGCAAGUUAAAAAAUAACUGUUACUCAGAAGCCAAUUCAACAGUGAUUCAGAGGAUGAAAGAAGAACUGCAACUGGUCCUUGUUUCUGCUGGCCCACAGGAAGAUCCAGCUGUUGCCCAAGCCUUAUCAGAACCUUCUCUGGCAGUAAGGAGAAUACUGAGAGAGGGAUUUUCCUGGCCCUGGUCCGCUAGCCAUAGCUGAAACGAAGUGCAUGGAUUGAAUUGUAAAUUUGGAGAUCUGCAUUGCUGUAAUGAGCACCUACAAGUCGAUAGCUGUAAUUAAAGUUGAUGUCUGUAAUUAAAAGAACACUAGGUGACACUUCUUUUAAUAUUUAUUACACAAAGCUGUGCGGAGUCAGUGUGCCAUACAAGUCUGAUUACAUGUGUAGUUGUUCAUUCAUAGUGUAUGCAUAAUUACAGUGUAGUAAACAUCACUAACACAGUAGAUGUUGAUACUAUUAGUACACAAUGAACAGCUUCUAAGACUGUUUCAGUGCACUCCCCCCCCCCCCCCCCCC